AAUUAGCCUAUCAAGUAUCAACUACUCAAAUUUAUAAUUUCCAACUUGAACAUGAUGCAUGAUCCGUCCUAACUAACUUGUUAACUCGAGUCUCAAUUGCUUUCAACCCAACCAAAUGACUUGUGGUACGAAAUUAUAUUGCUGGAAAUCAAUCUUUUUCUCUGUACUAAUUAAUAUGCGUCACAUACUCAACAUGGACAUCCCCAUAACUCGUUUUUCUUAUUUCUUCCUCCUAUCAACUUUUGGAUUGCAAUUUCAAAAUGGACAUGCAUGCAUGCCUACGUCCUUUCUUUUCCAUUCUUCCUAAUUCCAUUGUCGCUGCCGUACGUACUCAUUUUACCUUAUAACAGAUACGCAAUCCAUGCCACAUUUCCUCAUUCCACUUCUCCUAGCCUCAACGUACGCCGGAGUUCCGUACUAUAAUAUAGAGAAAGAAAUUAAGAUGAAAGACGGGAAGAGCCUCCACGGCAGCAACAAACUGUCCUUCAACUCCACGGCAAUCUACACACUCCUCAUCCUCCUCUCCUUCUACAUCGGCUACUUUUACGCCGCCUCCUCCUCCUCCUCCUCCACCGCCGACAACAACGACAACAACCUCCCCGACUCCCCACUAGCAACAACAACUGCCACCGCCACCGCCAUGACUCUCCCAGCCGAGCUCGACAACUUCCGAGCCUCCCCCAACUGCGCCGCCAACCCCUUACCCACCCGCCAGAUCCGACAAACCCUCAUCGACCGCGUCUACGGCGGCACCUCCCCUUUCUCCGACUUCCCGCCGCCGCACGUGGCCGGAUCCCUCCGCCACAAGUGCCUCAAAGGCUGGGGCUCCACCACGCCCGUGUUCCGCCACCUCCUCGAGGAGGUCCGCCCUGAAGUCAUCAUCGAGGUCGGGACCUUCCUCGGCGCGUCGACCGUCCACAUGGCCAAGCUGGCGCGUGAGCUCGGCCUCGACGACACCGUCAUUUUGUGCAUCGACGACUUCCGGGGCUGGGCCGGGUUCAGGGAGGAGUUCCCCUUUAUUAAGCAAGUCAACGGCGCCGUGACGCUGUUGUAUCAGUUCAUGCAGAACGCGGUUUAUACCAACGUGACCGACUCGGUCCUGCCGCUCCCGUUCUCGGCCGGUUCGACCCUGUCGGUGUUGUGCGAGUGGGGUGUGACCGCGGAUCUGAUCGAGAUCGACGCGGGUCAUGAGUUUACCUCGAUUUGGUCCGAUCUGAACCGGGCGUACCGGCUGUUGCGACCCGGUGGGGUCAUGUUUGGGCAUGACUAUUUUCUCGUGGGGGAUAGGCGGUCGGUCAGACGGGCGGUUCAUUUGUUUGCCCAGAUGUAUGGGCAUACGGUUCAGAUCGAUGGCCAGCAUUGGGUGCUACGCACCUCUUAGAUUUUGUUUCUUCCAACUCGUUUUUUUUUUGUCAUAGAACUCGGUUAUUUUACUUGCCUGAAUAUUUUGUUCCAAGUUAAUGGUAUUCUUUUUCAGCCCAUGUAUGAAAGGUGAUGAGAUUCAAAUAAUAAAAAUGGUAUAUUGUA